CCCAAUGGUGAAUAAAUAAUCCCAAGAAGCAAAACCUUUCCUUUCUCACGGUCCUCAUUCAAUGCUCCACCCAACGUUUCACCACUCCCUUCCUUAAUUUCUUCAAAAGUUUCACCUUUCUUCUUCUUUCUCAUCCUCCCCUUGCCUUGCCCAUCUGGUUCUCACCCGACAUUUGAGACAAAGCUUCGAUUUUUACGAGGCUCAGAGCUUCUCCUUCUGAGAUAAAUGGAGUUCUUUGGGGUUAGUGUACAGGGCGGCGUGGCCCCCGAGGAGUUCUCCGUGGACGACCUCCUUAACUUCGCUAAUGACGACGUUGUUGUCGGGGCGGAGGAGGAGGAGGAGGAGGAGGAAGAGGAGGAAGAGAGACAUGCUUCGAGGAAGCAUGAGGAAGACAGGGGACUGUGCUCUGUUUCGGGAGAAACGGGGGCGUUGCCCCGGGGAGAAGAGAGUUCCAUGGAAAUAAGCUUUCCGGCAGAUGACUUAGCAGACCUCGAAUGGCUGUCUCAAUUCGUCGACGAUUCAUUCGACUUGUCCGAACCGUUGCCAGCCUCUUCGCCGGCGAACCCCGUGAGCCAUCGCUACGAGGACCGCUCCGAACCGGAACUGCGCAGUCCGGGGAAGCUCUGUUUCAACGCUCCGGUCCCAGGAAAGGCCAGGAGCAAGCGUGCCAGGACCGGCGGCCGGGUCUGGUCUCUCCGCCUCGGGCGGUUCCCGGGUUCGCCAUCCUCGUCGGGGUCAUGCUCUGACCCAGGAAGCCUGAGCCAAGGCCUUGAACUGGGUUACUCCGGUCCAAACCCGCUGGUGAAGAAGCAUAAGAUAAAGAAUAGGCCCGGGAGAGAGGUGUCUGCCGGUUUGGCCCAACAACCAGUUCGACGGUGCAGCCACUGCGGGGUUCAGAAGACCCCGCAGUGGAGAGCUGGCCCGAUGGGCGCGAAGACCCUCUGCAAUGCCUGUGGGGUCCGGUUCAAGUCGGGCCGGCUACUUCCCGAGUACCGUCCCGCUUGCAGCCCUACUUUCUGCAGCGAGUUGCACUCGAACCACCACCGGAAAGUGCUGGAGAUGCGGCAGAAGAAGGAGCCAUCGGACCAGCCUGAACAACCUCCAAUCGUUUCCGGUUAUUGAGAAAAGAAAAUGUUAACAUCAGGGCUAGUGAAACCAGAAUAUAGCCCGGUCCGGGGUAGGGAAGUUUAGGUAUGCCAAAAUGGUGUAAAUUUUACUUAGGGAUAAGGUAGGGUUUUAGGAAGAGAGGAUCUUAUCAACAAUUCAAUUACUCAGCCCAUAGUUUAUUUAAUUAAUGAGUGGACCUCGAUGGAAUAUAAUAUGUUACCUUCUCUAGUAUACUUCUAAUGUUCA